AGCUGUUUCUGGCCUUUCCAGGACCCUAAGUGGUCUACGAGCAGUUAGUAUUUCAUCCAUCCCAAUGUAGGUAUCUAUAAUAGGAAGAAAUUAAAAUGAGGAUACUUAAACGAAUUCUACUUCUGGUUAUUUGUGCUGUGAUACUAAUGACAUCAUCCAUGAUAUACAACUUAAAAUGGAUUUUCAGAAAUAGACAAAUGAAUAAUUGGUUCUCACAUUUCAAAAUAAUAAAGGACGAACCUUAUGCUAUUAAAGAACAUUUGGACCAAUAUAGAAAAGAAAUUAAGAAGAUACCUGAUUACCAAAUCCCCCCAAAUAUGAGCACGACUUUAAAAAGUGUUUCAUCGAGGCACGAGGAAUAUUUUAUGUACAUUGGAAACCAGUCGAACAUAAAAACUCUACUUUUUCAUUCCACAAAUAAUGACAGCGCUCGGGCGUAUCAGUGGACAGGAAGCAGAUCAUUUUGCACCGAAAUUGCCGGGUAUAAAGUAGACGUUGGAUUCUCUGGGCCGUGUCAUGAAGACAUGGAGCACUCCACUACAACCAUCGCUAUGCCUGGAUGGAGCACCAAAUACAAAGUUCCUCUCGACAGAACACUCAAUGGGGACAGGUUACCAUAUCAAUGGCUUUCCAUCUCGAGUUUCAUACAUAUUAUAGAAAAUGCAAUCGUUUCAAAAGAUGGCGUUGUGUUCACUGGCGGGUUGCACGUGAUACCAAUCAGUUGCCUAGAUACAAGACCUGGAGAAAUAAAAGCUUCAAAAACUCACUUCGCAAAAAACAUCCAAAACAAUUUAAACAAAUUGCCUCGUUAUCGAGAAGUAUUUGUAAUAUCAGAAUAUUGGUCAUAUGGAUUUUAUCACGCCAUGGUAGAAUCUGUUUCCAGAUUGUUUCGAUAUAUAAGCUUUAUAGAAAAUAACAGAGAAGUUAAAUUGCACGUGGCAUGCAGCGCCUUUAUGUUCUCAACACUCCAAAUUCUAUUUCCCUCGAGAAAUGUUUCUGAUCUCGUUGUGUGUGAUUCGAAACCAAUAAUCUCUGAAAUAGUUUAUUUCCCUGAAGGCGCAAACAUCGCCCUGGCAUCAACACAACCGAAAGUAUCGCAAAUCUCGUUGGAAUUGAGGAAAUACAUACCUCAAGAAGCACCACCUAAAAACUAUAUUGUAUUAAUAAAAAGGACUAAGCAUCGAGUGUUAGUUCAGCAUGAUCAAAUAGCUUCAUUUCUGUCAGACAUAGCCAAGGAAAAUAACAUGUCCUUUGUAGUAUUCGCAGACAACAACCUUCCACCGUUUAAAGAUACCAUGAAACUAUUUCACCAAGCUCGACUUGUAGUUGCUCCCCACGGGGCUGGUUUAUCCAACACUAUAUUUUCUAAGCCAGGUUUAGUUAUGAUCGAGGUAGUGUGUAACAAACCUCAUAUUAAUCUAUGCUACAGAUCACUAGGGUUGUAUUUAGGACAUCAUUAUCAUGGUAUAUCCUCUAAGUCCGGUUGUCCAGCUAAACUGAAUGUUGAUGUCAAUGAAGUGAAGGAAGCUGUUCGAUUCUAUGUUCACAAAAUUGUGCAUAAUAUCCUACCGUAGGAGGCAGAGUGCAAACCUAAUCCUUGGGGGAAUCCCCGCGUGUUUGCUGAACCAGCGUAAGAUCAUUUUAUCAUUGUCAAGGGAUAGAAACGCGUCCAAUGUUGUCGUCUGGUACAGCUACUGGAAAUACUGGACGCAGACCUCCAUUUUUGUUCCAGAGAGAGGCAUGUGUAAUUUUACUCGGUAGCCUGUGAUCGUUUAUACAGUAUGUCAUUACCUAAAAACCCGGGCCUAAAACCAGACUCAUCAGAUUCCCAGUACAUUGGGAAACAUCCAAUUCUUAUGAAAUGACAGAUAUCCAUCAAGUUUUUCUGUUAUGUGGGGUUAAGCACAGAAAUAUUUUGAUUUUUUUCAGAAAAUACACGAAUCGAGUUAUAUAUAUAUUUUUUUUUACCAUUUCAUUGACAAGAUAUGCAAUUUUCUUGUGUAUGAACUAACAAUACAGACUCCAAUCUGCAGCUUAAAAGUGAUCGAUAAAAAAUGACGAAAUUUUAGAAAUACUGGACGAAAUAAAAAAUGCACUGGACGCCAGCCUGUUAAUACCGGAUGGCUUGCGUCCAGUACAUUUUCAUUUCGUCCGGUAUUUCUUUAAAUUCCGUCAUUUUUCAAUUUUCGAUCAUUUCAAAGCUAAAUUUGCCGACUGGAAGCUGUAUUAUUAUUUCAUACACAAAAAUUGCAUAUCUUGCCAAUGAAAUGGUAAAUAAAAAGAAAUCUGACUCAAUUCUAGUAUUUCCUGGGAAAAUAUCAAAGUAUUUCUGUGCUUAACCCCACAUUACAAAAAAUCUAGAUGAAUGACUGUCAUUUUAUAAGAACUUUGUGUUCCCCAAUGUACUGAGAAUCUGAUGAGCCUGAUUUUAGGUAAGGACACACUGUAAAACAAUCACAGGCUACGGAGUAAAAUCACACCUACCUCUAUCAAAAAUGGAAGUCUGCGUCCAGUAUCUCGGUUUGUACCAGACGAAAAUACUGGACGUGUUUCUCCCCCCUGAUUGUUCUGUAAGGCAUAAGCUUUGUAUUAUU